AUGAAGUUUGAUGAUUUUCUAACAAUAAUAAAUGAUUGGGGAAGAUUUCAAAAAGUAAAAUAUACAAUUAUAUGUUUAACAUAUAUGCUACCACCAAUUAUGGUUUAUACAUAUUCAUUUACAGCCGCAACACCAAAUUUUCGUUGUCGAAAUCCAUCUCAAUGGUUAAAUGAUUCAUAUAGUCAAACAUCAAAUUCUAUAUUCAAUGAAGAAUAUCGACCAACAAAAGAACAAUGUUUAUUAAAUAAAAACUCAAUAUCAUUAAAAGAAUGUCAACGAUGUUUUAUUCGAUCAACACCUUUCAAUAAUCAAUCAAUGGAUUCAUGUCAAUCUUAUGUUUUUGAUCGACAAUAUUAUAAAGACACAUUAAUUGAAGAGUGGAGAAUGGUUUGUAAUCGUGUAAGUUAUCGAUCAUGGGUUCAAAUGAUAUUCUUUGUUGGUUAUAUGAUUGGUUCAAUUCUAUUUGGAGUUCUUGCAGACAAAUAUGGUCGUCGACCAAUAAUGAGUAUUAGUUUUAUUUUAAUGACAUUCUCUAGUUUAUUAUGUACAUUUGCUCCACAACAAUCUUUUGGAUUUUGGCCAUCCUAUAUUAUAUUUAUUUUAGCAAGAUUUUUACUUGCUUGUUCUACAAGAGGAAUAUCUGUAUCUGGAUUUGUACUUGCUUCUGAAAUAGUUGGACCAAAAAAACGUCUUUUAACUGGAAUUGUAAUUGAAUAUUUUUUUGCAUUUGGUCAAAUGAUUUUAUUAAUAUUUGCUUAUUUUAUUCGUUCAUGGCGUAUAUUAACAUUUUCAAUAGCAUUAUUUACUGUUCCAUAUAUGCUUUUUUAUUUUAUAUUACCGGAAAGUCCUCGAUGGUUAGUUAGUAAAGGUCGAUUUGAUGAAGGAGAAAAAAUUUUACGAAAUAUAGCAAAAAUAAAUAAUUGUACGUUUAAUAAUGAUGCUUAUAAAAAACUAAAAGAUGAACAAAUUAAAAAAAUGUCUGAAAAAAAUAAUCAACAAGGUUUUAGAAGUUUAUUUCAAUCAAAAAUAAUGACUGUUAUUAGUAUUAAUCUUUUUUUUCAAUGGCUUGUACAAAAUCUUAUCUUUUAUGGUGUUUCUCAAAGUACAGGAUCAUGGCAAUUAAAUCCAUAUUUAUCAUUUGGUGUAAGUGCUUUUGUUGAAUUACUCUCAUAUAUUUUUGUUCAUUCAAUUCUUGAUCGUAUUGGUCGAAAAAUUCCUUAUUUUGGUUUUCUUAUUCUUUUUUGUAUUGUUUCAUUAUUAAUACUUCCUAUUGAAUAUUUAAUGGAAAAAGAUAGCAAAGAUCAACUAUUAUUAUUGAAUAUAAUAAAUGGUACAUUAAAAUUUUUAUCAUCUGGUUCAUAUGCCAUUAUAUAUAUCUAUGCUAAUGAAUUAUUUCCAACAAAUGUUCGAAAUACUGGUAUGGGUAUUUGUUCAAUGGUUGCACGUGUAGGUGCUAUUAUUGGAACUUAUUCUAAUGAUAAUUUAACACGUUUAUGGAUUCAUCUUCCAAUAAUUUUCUAUGGUAGUGUAUCACUUAUUGCUGCUCUACUUGCUUUAUUGUUUCCUGAAACAUUAAAUCAACCAUUACCUCAAUCAGUAGAUGAUGUUGAAAAAAUGAAUUUAAUUAAUAUUUCAAUUUAUCGAUCAAAACGAUUAGUCAAUGAUAAUAUUCAACUUAAUGAACAAUCAGUUAAAAAAUUUGCUAGCUACAUCAAUCCACAAUUCGAUGACAAUGAAAGUCAAUAUAAUAAAGAACAUAUCGUGAGACUUUGA